UAGCAGGUGCUGUUCUGUUUCCUCUGACAUGAGUCAGCAACCUGUGCUCUUGUUGAGAGUGUGUUUGGGAAGCUGAUGAACGGCAUCCAAGAAUCCUGCAUGAAUAUUUCAUUGGAAAGUGGAUGCGGCUUUAAUUGUGUUUGCGGGUGACGGGGCGCGUGACAAUCCCAAUACAGUCAUCAGAGCAGAACCACAGCAGGAGCCCGACUGACUCACUGCUCCUCAUUCAUUCAUUCCUUCAUUCACUCGCAAAUGCUCCGUGCGCUAUAAAAUGCCUUCGAGGAGGGGGAUAUUGGACUCACGCUUUUAGGUUCUCCCAAGGCUGGAUACCAAUCAUCAUUAUUUAGUUGAUUUAACAACAAAGAGAAAUGAAAUGAUUUCAAGUCAUGCUGCCCCUGGCGAAUCCGCGUCUGAAUCACACAGCAUACUGAGGGUUUAAGAGGGGAGGGCACUUCCUAUUCCCCAAGCUGACAUUCUCCAUCUGCGAUUGGCCCAUUGGCAAAUUUGGACCCUAUCGUCGCAGAAAUGUGCACUUCAUCAGCUCGGUGGAGUUGAGCAUCAUGACCUAAAGCAGAGGAGAUGCUACAGUGACCCGAGUCCUGUGAUUCACUCCGGAACCAACACUGACCAGUCUGUUUAAUGCUGUUGGGAGGCUUAACCAAUGAUCUGCGCUUGUGGUGUGAAGCAAGAAGAGGUUGAAGACAUCCUGGAGACAUGGCUGAAGGGGGCUGUGCACGGACCGAGGAGGAGGAAGCCGCGAGCUCCGAGGAGGACUCGAGCUCGCUCCGUGGAAGUGGACUCUGUAAAUGGUUUAACGUGCGGAUGGGCUUCGGCUUCCUGUCCAUGACCCACCGGGAGGGCAUCUGUCUGGACACCCCCCUGGAUGUGUUCGUCCAUCAGAGCAAGCUUCAUAUGGAGGGCUUCCGCAGUCUGAAGGAAGGAGAAGCAGUGGAGUUCACCUUCAAGAGGUCCUCUAAGGGUCUGGAGUCCUUACGGGUGACGGGGCCCGGUGGGGCGCCAUGCGUGGGCAGUGAGAAGAGACCCAAGGGUGCCCAAAAACGCCGUUCAAAAGGAGAUCGAUGCUUCAACUGUGGAGGGCCGAAUCAUCACGCCAAAGAAUGCCAGCUGCCACCUCAGCCAAAAAAGUGCCAUUUUUGCCAAAGCAUCACCCACAUGGUGGCCAACUGUCCAAUCAAAGCACAGCAGUUGUCACCGGGAUCUCAGGGAAAAUCAACAACCUCGACCACAGGAGAAGAGGAGGACAUGAGCCACGCCCCCUUUCCUCCCGACAGCUCUGAUUAGUCGGGGGAAGGUUGUCAGGGAAACACAACAACCAAUCAAGAAGUUUCAACGGAAAGCUGCUUUUGAAACUAACUCAGGUUUUUCUUUUUCUAACAGCAGAAAUGAAUGUGGCCGCUCACUUUUGUACUUUAGCCAGGAAAUUAUAAAGCCGGAUUAAAUUAAUAUUGAAUGUUGUACCACCAUCACAUCCAUCUUCAUUUUUGACAGUCGUCAACAAAGAUUUGGGAUGAAGCAGAUAUUUCAGAUGGAUAAUCAUGAAAUAGAGGGCAAAUCUCACAAAAACAUGUCGAAAUCAGAAUUUUAAAAGGCAUAUUUUGCUUAAAAUAAAACCUAUGUUAGGACUUUAGGACUCACAAUUCUCGCAUAAAAAGAGGAAUUAUCAUUCAGAGUUUGUUGACUUUAGGAUAAAAUAUUGUGCUUGACCGUUUUCUUGAGAUCUGCCACUGAGAGUGUGAAGCCAAUGUGUAAGAGAGAGUUUUAUUUUCUGCCUUAGCUUUUCGAAGUGUCUUAGAUUUGAACCGAAACAAUCAAAUGCAUCAUGUUUACAGAUGGCAAUAAGCCUGGAUAGUGGUGAAACUGCUCAAAUUCAUCACUCUCUUGCUUUUUGACGGGAAACUCAUGUAGUCAUCCCCCUGUACACUGACGAAACCAUACUGACUGAGACUUUUUCUGAUUUCAAAAUCUGUCCGUGCAUAUUUGACCUCGGUCUCUCUAUAUCACCAGUGGGAGUAUGUUGACUGCACUGUCAUUAGUUAGUUACUAUAAGAAAGACACAGUGGCUUUCUUGGAUCAUUUAAUGCUGUGUAAUGGUAACAAAGGCUCGCUCUCAUUUAAAGAUGUGGGGAUUGCCUGAAGAAAUCGACCAAAUCCCUGCUAUUUGAAAACCAGAGCCAAGACAAUUAUAAUAUUCUUUUUUUUUUCUUAUGUAAACGUAACACGAGACACUAUAUCAGGUUUGUUAAAGCUCAUUCCAAGAGGAGAUCCUGACUUGAUCUCACUUUAUUGUAAAUAACAACUGUAAACCUUUUUUUAUUUAUUUGUAGCCGUUCACUCUGACCUCAGACUGUGUUUGUGAAUCAUUUCCAGGUUUGAUAAUGUUUUUAACUGUAGUAGGGAGUUGAUUGACAGCUGGUGAGUGUAAGCAAUGCUGAGAAGGAUUUUGUGAUGCACUCGUUUUUAUUUAUGGCCUUUCUUUUCUGAAAACACUGAUUUCAAAGUGUUAAACCUCUAAACUAACAGCGCGUCACUGCUCCACAGGUGUUUUUCUGAUUGAUGUAUUUAUUUAUUUCUAAUAAUCUGAAGAGGUUUAAGUAUGUUAUCAGGUGGGAGUAGGUGUUAGUCGUUGAAUGUAGUGUUGGGUGGAUGGGUCAGUUUAAGGGAUGUGAAGGGUUCUUUCUCAUUGUAUUCUUAUGCCAUAUAUUCAUACCAUUAUUGUAUAUUCUAUUAUCAUUUCAAUAUUUUAUUGUAUUGUUUCUUUAUUUAACGUGAGAACAAGAUGCGUAACUUGUUUUGAAUCUAUACAAAUCUACCUCAGGGUGUGUUGAAAUAUAUUAAAUGGACAUGUUAACAGAACAUUGUCCAUUUAAGUGUGUGAGAGAGAAGUGUGUGUGUGUACUUUUAUUUUUCUAGGUUUAAUGUAUUUAAUUUCUUGGACAUGUUAUCGUUUGCCAUGUAGCUGCACUGAGUCAGUUUUGGUCAAAUGUGUCUGAGUUAUUUAAAUUUUUUUUGGUUUGGACCGACUCAUGAGCGAAAUGCAACUGUAAUAUUGCUCCAGUUGACUUUUUAUUAUUUUUACUGUAAUGUACCCUGAGAUUGUUAACUCGGGACUAUGUUAAUUAUUUCUUGUUGGGUUCUAAUUAAUGAAGAGGAUAAUCAAUGUUGGUGAUCUUGAUUGUUGUAUUAUAAUAAUUGUCAUUUUGUGUUGCUCGCUGAUGCUUAGGGCUCCAGAUGCUGCACAAAUAUGAAGCCCUUCAUGUUCGGUGUCUUGGUGUCGUCAUUCAGGUGCGGUCAGGACGCUUUGUUCCACUUUUUGUGAUGAAGGCACAAAUGUUUAGUGUUCUGGUGACCAAAGAAUGUAGCCGCAUUGAAUAUGGCAAACACAUAUCAUGGAUCUGGUUUAUGGAGUGAUCCAUGUUGACUGGUUUCAGAGAGCUGUCAUGUUCAGGUCAUCGUGACAAAGCAUGGCAAGAAGGUUGUGCCCAAAAAUCUAUUGUAGUUUUAACAUCGAUAACUGCUUUCUAGUGAAUAAAUAUCUUUUUCUGAUUA